AAAAGAAACUAAAUCAAACGAUCUUCGUAAAGAUGAUGCGACAUAUACAUACGUUCAAUAAAUAUUUUAUUAAAAAUGAUCAACCUGUAUACAAUUACUGUGUACCAAUUACAAUAAUUGGAUUACAGCCAACAAUUAGUAUCGAUAACGACUUCUAGAUUUUUUCACUACACUAUCGUUUUUAUGCACCUCUAGAGUUAGCUCUUAUAGGGCUCGGUUAAAAAAUAGUGUUAUAAUUCAAAUUCAUGUGUGCAUUUAAAGUUUAAAAGUCAUGUUCACGGUUUUAGUAUCAUUGGGUUUCUUAUCAACGGUUAUAGCGUAUGGAGAUGAUCCACGUUCCCGGAGCAGAGGUACACCUUUACCUGGCACGCUGAGCUCAAUAGGAGGUGGUGGGGAGGAGUCACCUCCUGUAUACAGACCUGGGUCACAAGCUUAUGUUGUAUCACAAUUCGUGAAACCCAAACCGCCACAUCAGUACUGGGAAGAGGAGACCUCUCUAACAUUAGUACCUGAUAAUAAGAACUGCUUGCUGUGUGAGAUGCAAGACUCGGGAGCCUGCAGGUCUAUGCCCUCAUGCGUUUACUGUGAACCGACUGUAACAGCUCUUUGCGAGAGAAGUACACCCUGCCUGAGAUGCACAGUUAUCAAGAAUCCGUUCUUCAAAUGCAUUCCCGGUGAAAAGUACAUGGACGAAUGUGACUCCUGCCGCUGCACUGACGGCCACAGCGGAUGGUGUACCAAUCAGUUCUGCGAAUUCAGAUCACUGCAUAUUUACGCCGCGAAGCUGUCCGACGGAGAAUUUUAUUAA